GCGUGGGGCGGCUGGGUCGGGUCGGUGCGGGCGCCAUGGAGUACGUGACGGCCGAGCAGCUGGCCGGCUUCAGCAAGUAUAAGUACAGUGCCGUGGACAGCAACCCUCUGUCUGUGUAUGUCAUGCAUCCCUUCUGGAACACGAUAGUGAAGAUCUUCCCUACUUGGCUGGCCCCAAAUCUCAUAACAUUUUCUGGCUUCCUGCUGCUUGUCUUCAACUUCUUCCUCAUGGCAUACUUCGACCCUGACUUUUACGCUUCUGCUCCUGACCACCAGCACGUUCCAAAUGGAGUAUGGGUCGUUGUGGGUCUCCUCAACUUCAUUGCCUACACGUUAGAUGGUGUUGAUGGCAAACAAGCUCGCAGGACCAACUCCAGCACACCCUUAGGAGAGCUUUUUGACCAUGGCCUGGACAGCUGGGCUUGUGUGUACUUCGUUGUGACAGUCUACUCCACCUUUGGCCGGGGCUCCACGGGUGUCAGUGUCUUCGUUCUCUACCUCCUGUUAUGGGUGGUGUUGUUUUCAUUCAUCCUCUCCCACUGGGAGAAGUAUAACACAGGGAUUCUCUUCCUGCCCUGGGGAUAUGACAUCAGCCAGGUGACCAUUUCAAUUGUCUACAUAGUGACAGCCAUUGUGGGAGUAGAGGCCUGGUAUGCACCUUUCCUGUUUAAUUUCUUAUAUAGAGACCUAUUCACUACAAUGAUUAUUGCUUGUGCUCUCACCGUGACGCUGCCCAUGAGCCUGUAUAACUUCUACAAGGCCUAUAAAAAGAACACCUUGAAGCACCACUCCGUUUAUGAGAUCAUGCUGCCACUGGUGUCCCCAGUGUUGCUUUUUGCUCUCUGCACCAGUUGGAUCUUUGUUUCGCCUAUGGACAUCCUGGAGGUCCAUCCCAGGCUCUUCUAUUUCAUGGUUGGAACCGCCUUUGCUAACAUUUCUUGCCAGCUGAUCGUCUGUCAGAUGAGCAGCACUCGCUGCCAGCCUCUGAACUGGAUGCUGCUGCCCAUAGCCCUGGUGCUCUUCGUGGUGGUGUCUGGUUUUGCACCCAGCAGCGAAGCACUUCUCCUCUACCUGUUAACUGCAUUCCUCACCCUGGCGCACAUCCACUAUGGAGUGGUCGUGGUGAGCCAGCUGAGCAGGCAUUUCAAUAUACGACCCUUCUCACUAAAGAAACCCACGCCGGAUUGACUAGAAACGGAGGAAGAGAAAAUCAGCUUGCGGUCUGCAGAAGUACUGUAAAUAUCUGCUGCAAAUACCUGUAAAUAGUUCAACCAUCACCACAGAUGUAAACCUAUCCUCUGGACAGACAUCAGGGCAACGUACACGCGGUAUCCAGUGCAGCCAGGGCGGGACUGGUACGGGGCAGCCUCUGCUGCUGUUCAACCAACACAAGCCUACAGUUUUGGGUGAAGCUGGACAAGCUUCAGAUCGCCUUCAGGUCACUACUACUGUAUUUCAGACCAGCUGAAUGUUCCCAGUGUAACCUCAAUCCCCAGCACUUGUUCAGGUAAAGCCGGUUGGGGAUGCAAAUGGCUUUACCUGAGCAAAGCACCUUGACCUAUCACCAAACCCAGCAUAACAGCUGAUUUCUGCAAGGUCAGGGGGACGUCCUUGUGGUCGAGUUCCUGUCUUUCCCUAACCCUCUUAGCCUUCGUCCUGAGCUGGUACUUAAGGAGCAGCUGGUGACAGUUUUCUCACAUUCUGUCCUGCCUUCUUGCACUCAUUUGUUUGGACAAAUGCUGGCACCUUUUUGUUUCUUUUUUUAAAGCAGAUGUUAAAGCCACACAAAACUGACAGUAACGUUUUACUUAGGGGGCUUAGGAAUCAGGGCUCAAAGGAACAUAAACAUGGGAAGGCAGCUUUCCUCUCCUUUGCCCAAGUGGUGGGUAUUGGGACCACGUUGCAUCUGUCUUUGUGUGCUCCCUGCCUGCGAGCUGGGCUUUCUGAUGGCAGCAAAAUGUGGCUUACACCAACCUGUGUAACACAAAGCCAAACCCUUCCUUUCAGUGGGAUGAACUUGCUGCUCUGGGUUGGCUCUUCUGGUUCCCUGAGCCUCUCCUUCCAUAGCAGUGCAGCCAGGCUGCACAUCACCCUUCCACCAGAUCACCAAUAGCAGCAAAUCCACAGCUUGGAGAAGCACCUUAAUGUGUGUCACGUUGGUUCUGUGUGCACUUCCAGAAAGCUCACAGGUUGUGUGUGUGUGUGUCUGCGUGUGUGGUGACUUUCCAAACAUCACUUUGUUUUCAAGCUCGUUGUCCACAGCAGCUGCAUGCCUCAUCCAGGGAUAUCUUUGUUUACUGUCCAUUUGUAAAAGACAUGUUUGCAUUCAUUUCUUUUUUUAAAGGAGCAUUUUUGUAAUUGAGUUACUUGAGUGGGGUGGUGAAGACUGAACGCUGAUUUUCUUUUCGAUUUAUUUAAUGAAGAUCUGUGCUUGAAUGAAGAGUGUAGCUUAAACCCAGGCUCUGGAAAGGCUGCAUCCGGAAGCAAACAAGCACAGCAGAUUGUGCAUCUGUAAUCUACCAUGGGAACAAAGUCUCUUACACACUGAUCAUUGUACGGCGUGCUUCGUGGACGCCUGGUCACAGCAUUUUCCUUCUGCAGGUGAAGUCCCUUCUUCCUGCUUUAGGGAACCUUCAAACUGUAACUACUAUUUAAUGCUUUUUAUUUUUUGGUGUUUUUUUUUCUUUCGUUUCUGUUUUUGUUUGUUGUGAAUUUGAAUCACUGUCAUGCAGACUUGAAACCCCGAGGCAGCACCCGGUGGUCGGUCUGUCUGUGUGUCUGUCUGGCUCCGUGUCUGUGAAGGUGGCUCGCCUGGGAGAGGGGGCAAAUGGUUUUCAGAGUUAUUGAAUAAAGUAGCAUACACGGUAUAUUUUACUGACACUGUACAGGGAAAAACAAACAAACAAACAAACAAACCCAAAGCAGCCAAAAUGCACAGAAAGAAUUGGGCUGUGCUUGAAUUUUUGAGGAGAAUGCAACAGAAUACAAUCGUGGAGGGAGAUAAAUGGAAGUCAUGCUUGCACAAGGUUCAGGGGGAUCGGUGGGAUGGGCCAUGUUCAGGUAGCAGCAUCGUGCUGGCAGCACGGGGCACAAGUGGCAGUUGGAUGGUUGAUUUCCUAGAGCUUGUGUUAUCCUGGCUCUUCACUCGUGCUGUGAGAUGUCCCACCUCACCUUGGGAUGGCACUUUGUCUCCUUAGCACCUAUCUGCAGCAUCUGUUGGCUGAGAGCUGGUGCAGCCCAUAAGAACAUCCUGUGAUCCUUGUGGGUCCUGUCCAAAUUGGGAUAUUCUGUGACUGUUGAAUGCCCUGUGGAAUGGCAUGAGGAGCAUACCCUAAAUUGAAGUUACAAACACGUGGGAAGCAGGGCUUCCUCUCUUAAAAUCCUGCAAUGACGUGUUGUGCUGGAGGAGAAAGAUGCCUCUGAAAAACUGGAACCACUUCCUAUCUGCACAGGCUGUAUCUUUUGGAGAGUCCUGGAUUUUCGGUGCCUUAAUGUGAUGCACCUUGAAGCUAGAAAAAUAUCUGCUUAAAUCAGUGCUGGAAAGCAGGCUGGCUCAUCUGUGCUGCUGCCAGGCUUGUGGCAGAGCCAGGUGAGAGCAGCCCUGGUCUCAGUGUACGUCCAACACCGUUUCCAACUCGUGCUGCUGUGAAGCUGGGUGGGUUUCUGUCUGAGCUGUUGGGAAUGAUGUGAUUGCUGAACCCAGCUUCUUGGGGAGCGGAAGCACACGAAUGGGAAGACCAAACCAUCUUGCCAUGGUGGGGUGUGGCAUGCAGAGAAACAAAUUAUUUAUUAAUAAUAAUGGUUUUAAGUCUUAAAAAUAAAUUUAUUCCUUGCUAACUGCA